AGAAAUUGAUACAAUCAGCUGUCGAAUGUGAAAUAAAUAUUAAGCUUUUUCUUUUGCUAUUACACACAUUGUUAAGUCCAAAGCACAAUGAGUUACCAGAAGUUUUACACCAAUCCUAUUCAGUCCAGUUCUCUGCUGUGUCAGCUGGCAUCGAUGUGGAAGAAUGACAUUAUGUGUGAUGCUGUCAUUAAGACAGGGAAUGUUAAUACAAAGGCUCAUAGAGUUGUUAUGAUGGCAGCUUGUCCUAUGCUGCAAUCUAUGGAUCAUGCUGCAUCAGGAUCCAAAUUAGAGAUUCGGCUUUCACCAGAUAUAAAACAGCAGUCAAUCCAAUCAUUCUUGCAGUAUUUGUAUGAGGGCUUCAUGAUGGUGACAGAGGACAACUACAAGGACAUUGAGAAGAUUGGGCGUUUGUUGCAAGUAGACAGUGUCAUUAAAUGUUGUGCUGAUUUCUGCAAGAGUUUAGCAGUUGGAAGAAGAUCCUUGUCCAACGCUGACCAGUACCGCUACACAUUCUGUGAUAUGAUCGAGUUUCGGCAUGUUCGAUCCUCAGAUCUACAGAGGACCAUCUCAGAAAAUCAAGUCAAAAGGUCACAUGAUGUGCAUGGUCAUUGCCUUGAUAAUGGUGUCAAAAGAACUAGACAUAGCAGUAGUCCAAUAAAAUCAAGUAAUAGGAAUUUGCCUAAUCAGGCAGACAAUGUGCUAGAUGGAAAGAUUCUACAGGACAGUUUGGAGUUUGUACAAGUAGAGCCUGCUGACUCUGGGGGGUCUCAUCAAAGUGUGAGGGUGGGGGUUGUUAGUCAUUGUGAAAAUAAUCCAGAGACUAGCGUGGUGAUACCUAUAGGAGAUUGUUGUGACACUCCUUGUGGAUCCACAGUGGUGUCUGAAUCAUCUGGGUCACCAACAUGUACAAAUACUUUGUCAAGAAACCAGACUCCAUCUUCAUCUGAUACCUCAGGUCAAAGACAAUCACCACACCAAAGUUCUGAAAGUAUGGAUGAGAUUUCAAAGGAGUUUAAGCAAAACAGACCAAAUGAAACUGCUCCAGAUCUAGCUAAAUCUUGUGAUCCCAAAGAAUCAACUGAAGCUCAGGGAAACAGACUUCAAAAUGACAGUCAGCUUGGUCCAGAUUUGAGCAUUGUCAAAGUAGAAUUCAUCGCCCCAGACCCUGAUAGACACAGGAUUUUGGAGCAAGAGCAGGUUGCCGCUGAUUACCAAGACAACAGCUCCCAACACAGGUCAAGGCCAUCUGAAAGUAUGGAACUUGAUCAGCUUGGUUCAGCAGUAAGGUCCAGUGAUGGAAGUACUCAUAAAAUCCUUGACAGUAUGACUGAACUGAAUGAGCAUAUAAGAUAUCACACCGGUAAUUUAAUGCGUAUGUUGCCUGAAAAUCAGCAAUCAAACCAGCACCACCCAGGGGAGUCAGUGUCCUCAGCAGAUCCGAGGGGACAUGCUCAUAAAAUGAAUCAGCAAGGUAAACAGCAGACCAGAGUUCAUUCAGUUUCCUCCCCACCUUACCCAUUUUCUGUGAGCUCAACAAUGCACCACCUACCUCCAGUGUCUGCCUUAUCCCACUUCAUGCUGCCUCCACGCACCCAUCUCCAAGUUGCUGCCAAACCCCCACCCACGGGACUCAUCGAUCUGUCCGAGGAUUCCUCGGGGGAGACCCGUAGAUCGGGGGACAGCCAGCCCUCUGCGAUGCACAAGUUGAUGUACAUUCCAAACAGGAAGCCUUGCACCUGGUGCCAAAUUAAAGGUGUGAAGACAAAGUCGGGCUGGUACUGCUAUGCCAGCUAUAAGUGCGAGGUGUGUGAUGUCCCCCUGUGUAAGCAGGGCAGGGUUUGUUUUCAGGAGUACCAUAGACAUAUCGGGAUACCUGACUCAGAGAUUGUGAAUCCAAAUAACGAUAGUGGAUCUUUUUUGUUCGAUUUCAGUCCCAACAAAUAGAUCUGUUGAUAUUGAAACAUAUCUUUACCACCAAAGCCUAGAAAAAGAACAGCUAUCUAUGUAGUAAGUAGAUAUUUGAUCAUAAAUAAUUGUUGUCUAAUGUUGUUGUUUUUUCUUUAAUAGAAGUCUUUAAUAGUGUAUUUAGAUGUAUAUAUUUUUUAUAUUUGAUUUACGAAUUUAUUGAAAAAGUUUUAUGAAGUAGUUAACAUGCAGUAGAUACUAAUUAGGGCCCCGCAAGGAUUUGCGGGUGCCCUAUAGUAAUCAUUCUGUCCGUCCGUCCGUCUGUCUGUCCGUCUGUCACUCUUCCGUCCACAAAUUUUCUGGGUUUUUUCUAAUAAUUUUUUUUAUGGUUGCCCAAUCAAGUUCAAAUUUGGUAUGGUAGUUCAGUAGGCAGAAAUACAUAUUUUGAUGUUAAAUUUGGUUCUUUAUGUCUUCUAGUUUGGAGCUAUGUCUUCUAGUUUUCUAGUUUGGAGCUGGGGUGGUGGGGUAGAUUCCUUAACUAUUGAUAAGAAUGAAUGGGCAAAGAGAGAUAACUGCUGAGAAUGUUACCAUUGUAUUCUUGGAAGGCUGUGCAAUAUUUGUCCUUUGGGAUUAAUUAACCUUCCACAGGAAGAAAAUCCUAAGCUUUAUCUUUAUCUGUUACAUUGAGAUUAAUUACUGCACUGCCUGUGUCUGCAAAUGAACUUUGUUUUGAAGUUAAGGUCAAUUUUGAAUGAUGUGUAGUAUUGUGUACAUUGUGUACAAUAUGGAUUUAAAAUAUAAUAUUCAUACUUUAUUUUGGUUAAAAUAUACUGUACACAAUGAUUUAUGAUAAUUUUAUUGAAUUCUAAAAUCAAGAUAUAUAUUAAGAUAUCCUUUUUCAUUAUUUUAUUUUUUAAUUAUUUAUUUAAUUUUUUUCUGCCUUAAUGCUGUUAAUUUUAACAGGUAAUCAGAUAAUAACCCCAUUCUGUCAUUUCUGAAGAAAAAGAAAAUCUUAUUGUAAAUUUAGAAGAAAAGGAUGAGAGAGCAGAACAAUUAAUCCCCUGGGAUUAAUUAUCUUGCCUGCUGCAGAAAAUUUAGAGGCUUAUCUCUAUCUGUCAUAUGAAGAUUAAUGAACACCUUUGUCUGCAACUGAUGUUUGUUUUGAAGUUGAGGUCAACCCUGGGUGAUACAAUGUAUUUGCAUUCACUGAAGGCUUGCAUUUUAUAAAAUACCUGUUUAAAUCUUUCUUAAAUACACAUUUAAUUUAGUUUUUUUAUAAGACAUGAGGUUAUAGAUCCCUGUUUUAUGCAGAUACAAGGUUACUAUUUAGAGUUUUUGGACAUUCAGGAAUUAUCUUGAAAUUUUAAAAAAGAUUCAAUGUUAAUAUAAAGAGGAUGGAAUUCAAAGUUUUUUUAACUUCUCUAUAUUAAUUGUCAUAGCGGGGCCCUUCCUGACUGGUCAGUUUUCUACUUUAUCUCUGUACAUGUUUUAUAAUGGAUGCAUUGACAUACAUGUACAUGUAAUAUAAUGUGCUUCUAAACAAGUUCAAUAUCUCAAGUUAUUACUAUAUAAUUGGUACAUGUGUGAUAGUGUCAUGCAUUUGAAUACUCUGCAUGCUGAUUAUAUUAUGUAUACAGGUAUAUAUAUCUGAUGUGUUUUGUGUUCUGAUGUGAAAAAUUGCAAUAAUUGUACAUGUAUUCAUGUACUUCUGUAUAUUUAUCAUGUGGCACUGUAUUUCAUCAGCGGAUCAUAGAGAUCAUAUUAUGAAUGUCAUGAAGUUCAUAUUUAUGUAAUAGGUAUGAUAUUAUUUCGUGAGAUUUUUGUAAUUUUUUUCCAGUUGUUGUAAAUAUGAGUGCAAUAAAAUGUAGUUUUCUGUAGAAGAUUCGUGAAUAAAACAUUUAAUAUUUA